UCAAUGUCACUUUGUCUGUCAGUGUCUUGUGUCGUAUAGGGUUUUGGGUUAGAAAAAUUACUGUAAAUUGAAUAAAAGAAAACUAAAGCUAACACAAAACCAUGUCGGUAAUGAAGACGAACAUGCUGAUUCGCUCGUUGAGCACAUCAUCGGCCGCCGCUCAGCUGGUCAAGCCUCCUGUACAAGUUUUUGGUUUGGAGGGUAGAUAUGCGUCUGCUCUGUAUUCCGCAGCGUCCAAGACCAAGAGUUUGGACGCAGUUGAAAAGGAGUUGACGCAAUUCCAACAGUCCAUGAAAACUGAUGCCAAUUUAAAAGAGUUCAUCAUUAAUCCGACCAUUAAGAGGAGCCUCAAAGCGGAAGCCCUAAAACAUGUCGCUACUAAGAUCAGCCUAUCCCCAACUACAGGCAACUUGUUGGGACUCAUGGCUGAAAAUGGUCGCCUGGGCAAAUUGGAGACCGUGAUCAAUGCAUUCAAAAUAAUGAUGGCCGCUCACCGUGGUGAGGUCACAUGUGAAGUAGUCACCGCUAAACCCUUGGACCCAGCACAGAAACAGAGCUUAGAAGCUGCUCUUAAGAAAUUCCUCAAGGGAAAUGAAACACUACAACUGACUUCCCGAGUUGACCCAUCUCUUAUUGGUGGAAUGGUGGUAUCCAUUGGUGACAAAUAUGUAGACAUGAGUGUUGCCAGCAAAGUCAAGAAAUACACAGAGCUGAUCAGUGUUGCUGUAUAAACAAGACAAAAUUCUUACAAUCCGAAGUAGCGUAACAUUAUAAUAACCUGGAGUAUACAUGCAUGUUCAAACAUGUUUAAUUUAUUUAAAUAAACUUAUGAGAUCAUGCCAACAAUCUU